AUGCUGUUUCUCUGGGCCCGGGAGCCGAGCCCGGGACCAACCGGAGCAGGACCCUGGCUCGCCUGGUUCGCCACGGCCGUUCUGCUCUGGAGGUGCAGGAGGCGCAUCGCCAAGGCCAUCCUGGCCGUGUCGCCAUUCCGCCUCCUGGUGCGGCGCUGCGUAGCGUCCGUCGAGCCCGUCCCACAGGGCGCGCUGCAGCGCGCGAAACUCGAGACGAUGCAGCAGACGAAGUACUCGUCGACGGGCCUCAGGGCGCGCGUCAAGAGGCUCUGCACCGGCGACGGGCCCCACGUGCACUCGGGCCUUACGGCCCAGCCCAGCCAGCAGGUGCUACACUACAGGGUCACCCGGAGCGGCCGGGUCUACGGGAAGUACCCCAACAAGGUCGUCCCCAAGAAGCAGUAG